ACACAUAUUUCUCACUUCUCUCGCAGACACAUAGAAAUAUACAACACAUGCACGUCAUUAUAAAUAUUUACACCUCACCACUCAAUAUUAUCCACCAACUCCGCCUCUCCACAAACACAACAAAAAGCUUUUCUCUCCAAAUCACCCAAAACUCAAGAAAAUGGCUAUUCUCAAGAAAUCUACAAAACUUGGUCAAACAACAAUGCUUAGGCAUAUUCUGAAGAGAUGCUCGAGCUUGGGAAAGAAGAAUGGAGGAGUAGGAUAUGAAGAAUAUGAUCUCCCACUUGAUGUACCAAAGGGACACUUCCCUGUUUAUGUAGGAAAAAAUAGGAGCAGAUACAUAGUUCCUAUCUCUUUUUUGUCCAAUCUUGACUUCCAAUGUCUCCUUCGAAGAGCUGAGGAAGAGUUUGGUUUUGAUCACGACAUGGGUCUUACCAUUCCUUGCGAUGAACUCUUCUUUCGAGAUCUGACUUCCAUGAUCCGAUGACAUCUAUAUAGUUUCAACAAGACGAAGAACAAAUAAGCUGAAGGAGAUAGAGAUGGAGAUGGUUAAAGAUGAAGUUCUAUUUUAUUUUAUUUUUUGUAGCUUCUCUUUUUUUGAACAUCCUCUCUCUUUUCUUUAGUUUGAUGAUGUUUUCUCUGUUUCUUUUGUCGUUUUUAAGCUCGUCUUGGGUAUUUUUGGAUUUAAAUCUCUGAAGAAAGCUUGUAAUAUUUUCCUCACGGGUAUCUGGUUUGUUACUAAAUCUGUGAGAGAGGUUAAUUAUUAUCUUCGAUGA